GUCUCUCCACGAAACCUCCAUAAGAAAGGAAGGAAGCAAGGAAAGAAAAAGGUCUGAGCAGCUACUUUUAAAAUAGAACCACACAACUUUUACUCUGUAUUUUUCACUCUGUGAGCUGACAGGGACACAUUUUUACUUUAACAUUUUUACUUCCUGAGAAGACAAACUACUCAAUUCAGCAGUGAUGGCGCCCUCUCUCGUCCAGGCCUACAAGAGGCGCUGGUGGAUGGCAGUGACAGCGGUGAUUGAAAACCUGCUGUGUUCGGCCGUCCUGCUUGGCUGGGGCUCCCUGCUCAUCAUGCUAAAAAGGGAGGGCUUCUACUCCCACCUGUGCUCAGAGAACGACUCCGUGGUGGUGUCUUAUGGUAAUUCCUCUGGCGGUGAGGUGGAGGAGUGGCUCAGCUGUGUGGAUCAGGAGGAGAUGCUGAAUCUGGGCUUCACCAUUGGCUCCUUCUUGCUCAGCGCCACCACCCUGCCACUUGGUAUCUUGAUGGACAAGUUUGGGCCACGUCCCAUUCGCCUUGUGGGCAGCUCGUGUUUCGGCAUGUCCUGUGUCAUGAUGGCCGUGUCUGCAUACGACCCACAUGUUCUGUCAGCACUCAUCUUUUUGGCCCUCUCCCUCAAUGGCUUUGGAGGAAUUUGCCUGACCUUCACCUCUCUCACACUCCCCAACAUGUUUGGGGCUCUGAGCUCAACUGUCAUGUCUCUAAUGAUCGGCUCCUACGCCUCCUCUGCUGUCACUUUCCCUGGAGUCAAGCUGAUUUACGACGCAGGCGUCUCCUUCCAGGUGAUUAUGUGGAUGUGGGCGGGGCUUGCUGGUUUCGUCUUUUUCAACUGCUUGCUCAAUUGGCCAGCUGAAGGUUUCCCAACGCCUGAUGAGGUUGACUACAGUAAGAUCCUCACACUACAAGAGCUGCCUCAGUCAGAUCAGAAGGGAGCUGCAGAGAGACUGAGCGAGAAAAAUGGAGACAUCCGUCACUCCACAGAGAAACUUCCUAAUGGAACUGAUGUUGCACCAAACUCCGUCCCCUUCCGGCGCUCUGUUUUCUCUCCCAUCUUCUUGUGGAGUCUGGUUACCAUGGGGAUGUCCCAGUUAAGGAUUAUCUUCUUCAUGGGAGCAAUGAACAAGAUGCUUGAGUUCAUGGUUACACACGGAGACCCGCAUCCCCCUGAAGAGCUGGUGAUCGAGGCAGAAGAGAAAGUUAGUUUCUACUCCUCCAUCUUUGGCACGCUGCAGCUGCUGUGUCUAGCUACAUGUCCUCUGAUUGGUUACAUCAUGGACUGGAGGAUGAAGGAGUGCGAUGAUGAGAAGACCGUCGCUUCAGCCACAGAAAAGAGACAGACCAGUGGACCCAAGAGGGAUCGCAAGAUCCAGAAAGUGACCAAUGCCAUGAGAGCCUUUAUCCUCACCAAUGUGCUGCUGCUGGUUUUUGGAGGCUGCUGCCUCAUAGACAACCUGCCUCUACAGAUCUUGACCUUCAUCCUCCACACGAUGGUCCGAGGUUUCAUCCACUCCUGCUGCGGAGGCCUUUAUGCUGCUGUCUACCCGUCCAACCACUUCGGCACCCUGACAGGUCUCCAGUCCAUGAUCAGUGCUGUGAUUGCUUUGCUGCAGCAGCCACUCUUCAUUGCCAUGGUUGGACCACUGCAAGGAGACCCCUACUGGAUCAAUCUCGGCCUUCUGAUCGUCUCGUUGACCGGCUUCCUGUUGCCAGGUUACCUGUUCUACCACCGUGGACACCUGAAGAGGGAAAAGAAAGCCAGAGACAAGCAGGCUGCUGAACAGGAAAUGCAGGCUCUCAAACACACAGAGGCCAACGGCUACAAACCACACACCAACGGCGUCUCUGCUGUGGAGGCUUGAGGUGACACGGUCCAGUAUUGAGGGAACUGAAGGAUCAAAUUUCAAACGUGCCUUCAAAAGGAGCACCAGCAACUUCUCAUCCAUUAAUACUUAGUGUUGAUACUUCAGUGUUUCUGCUCUAGGCAUUGCUGGUUCACAUUUUGCUCUUCCAAUAAUCCAAAUCAUAGAGUUAAUAGGAUUCCCCGUGUUUGUUACGAGUCAGACUUUGACUUUAGGUUUCUCUUAAAAUGGAAAAAGUGUCAUCAUCAUUUGUUGCAGUUUAUUUAUUUUGGUUCGGGUCAAAGAGCCAAAUUAGUGUGAUUUAAAGCCAUAGAUUUCACUUACAUGCACAUGAAAAGACACGCACACAUCCUGGUACGGCCUGUGUGUCAGACCUCGGAUAUCACGGUACUUGAAAAGCUGUUAAAUAAAAUUUCUGAUCAUCAUGACAAUCAUCGCUAACACCAAAGAACAGCUGAAAUAUAUCAGGAAAGUUACACUUUCUACUCAGUAAGCAAACUUUUUGUAUAUUGUGCUGUUUCUACUGUAAGCCUCAGAAGUCAAGAACAGCCAUGCAUGUGUUUUUUUUUUUUAUUUCACGAUGUUGAGAUCAUGGGUUAUUUGGUUUACUUUAAAAUACCAGAGGGCUUUCUCUACCCAAAGAUAAUAUAGCUGUUGUCGCAAGUGAAUUUAAAGUCCCUGUAAAGUGAUUUAAAAAAUCUUUAUUUUAGGUUUGUUGUAGGACAGGCCACUGUGUUAUGAACGACCAGGCCAAAUUUCAGUCAUGAAAAUCAUCUCUAAGCUUAUAAAAUUAAGCUUCAAAAUCAUGAAAAAUUAAGCUGUAAUAUCUGCUCUAGGAUGAUGUGGGCGUGUCAGUUGAAUGAGCGGAAGCCACACCCACUUACAGGAAAUACAGUCAUACUCAUGCUCUCCAUAAAUAUCCUGUGAUCUUGAGGGGAAAAAAGUCAUUAUCUUGUGGUAAAAUGUUUGGCUAUCUUCAAAAUGUUGCCUUUUGUGGCCUUGAAAAAAAAACUCAACUUCUGAUCAGUAAUUGCUAAAUUAGAAAAAACUGCAUGCUCUGCUGGUCUUGGCUUCUAUAGAAAUCCAUUCAGUAAAUAAUAUACGUAUAUACGUGUAUAACACUAUUUGUAUCAAAGAAGCUAUGAUAUUAGAAUGUAUCUGCUGAUUUAUAAAUACCAAACAUCUGGUACAUAUAAAGAAGCUUUUGCAAGUCUUUAUGAACCCAGACAAUCACAAACACACAUGUACACGCACAGAUAGACUGGUUGUAGAGACACCACAUCUACCUCCUCUGUCUCCUUUUUUGUACUGUCUCUCUGCAACCGACUCUCAUGUCUGUCAAUCAUCAUUACUCUGGUAAAUAUAACUCCGCCCAAACCCUUAAAAUUUUUUUUUUCAACCUCCUUGUGCAUUCAUGUUCCUCGGCCCUUGCAUUUCUGGAAUUUUUAAAUAGGAAAAACAUGUUUUUAUGAGGAAAAGUAGGACUGACUUUUUAAAAGUUCUAACACACAGUGUGUGUCAAUGUAAUGAAACACUUUUUACUGCUUUAUGCACAGAAAUGAACUAGUGUGUGUAUAAAAUAUGUAUUUAAGUGUAUUUUUAUACUCUAGCUGCAGUAGCGUUCAAAAGGGAAGCGUUUGUUUCUGUUAUUUUUUAGUGUGCUCAUUAUAUAUGAAGCUUUGAUGAUUUUUUUUGUAUUCUGCCUUUGAAUUUUUGCUAUUUUUAGUCUUGUUUGGAUUAUGGGGUAAAGAAACCUCUUUUUUUGUAAAUAGAGCUGAGGUGUGUCUUUAUUUUAUUGCAUACUCCGCUUGCUUUACUAUAUAUGGGUGUGUACGGUAAAUUAUAUUUACUGAUGGCUGUGAUUAAACUUGCUUUUUACUGUUUAUUUCUGCUUGAACGUUAAGAUCAGUUAAAGUAAUCCGCCAGCUAGGUAAAUACAGGUAAAGUAUUUUCAUCCAAAGUUGCAACAAAAUGUGUUUAUUUUUUUACACAUUUUCUGCACAGACCAGUAUCAUGUAGAUGUUUAAAAUCAGUUGUAAUGAUUUUUUGACUGUAUUUCAAUGAAAGAAAAAUGUUUUACCUCUUGCCUGAAGUAUUUCUUUGCUGCUUUCUUCAUCAUAAAAUGUGUUCAGUGUCUUGAAUCUUUGCUCACACUUUGAAGGAGACAGUUUUAUUUUAAAGUCUGUGCCUUUUGCUGCUAUCUUGGCUCUAUGCAAUUAAUAUUAAUGUAAGCUUAAUACCUCUGCCAAAUUUCUCUCUGUAUACCAAAGCCAUGUGAGUGGGUUGAUACUAUGGCACUUUUCCUCAGGAUAACAAACAGAAAUGCCUUAUUUCCAUAAAAACCAGUUUGGUUUUUGUUGACAGUCAAAGGUGUUGAUUUCAUUUAGUGGCAACUUCUGAAUCUGUUUUAUUAGUUUGCAUUUCAACAAGUAUUUGUGUGGUUUUCAUCCCAACUUUACUCUUCCCAGUGUUUUCAUUCGUAAUAUUUCACCUCAUGAUUCUGGCAGUUCAGCAGCAACGAAGCUCCGCAAGCUGCCCUAAAAUGCUGUUGCUAAAUCAUUGCUGAAGCUGAUAAGAACUAGUUGCUGAUUGAAUUAUAAGAGCAUAAAAUUAAACAACCCCCCGACAAAUUCUAGGAGGAAAAGUUUAAAUCCAGUUUCUUUUGCUUGAUCUUGUUUUUGAAGGCUGUAUGAAAUAUGCUCUGUCUUUCCUGCUUUAAAUCAAUAUAUACCCAGCUUGUGCGUUUGAAAAUAAAUGUCUAAAUGCAAA